CCUUCCUACGCCUUUUUUUCUCAUUAGACGACCAUAACCUUACCCCUCCAUUCUCCAUCCCAUCCACUUUUUUCUUCCUUACAACUCCCAUCAUAGAAAAGUAGUCGUACACCCGCGCUCAUCCGCUGGUUGCUUUCUAUACUUUCUUUUCUAUUCCAUCGCUAAAAUUACACUCUAUUCCGUCCGAUUGAGCUACCAACAUAAUCGCAAUCAUGUCUGGUGCCGUCGCUGAUUUGGGCCUUAUUGGCUUGGCCGUCAUGGGUCAGAACUUGAUUCUGAACAUGGCCGACCAUGGAUUCACCAUCUGCGCUUACAACCGAACCGUCUCCAAGGUUGACGUGUUCUUGGCAAACGAAGCCAAGGGCAAGUCUAUCGUCGGUGCUCACUCCAACGAGGAGUUCAUCUCUAAGCUAAAGAAGCCCCGCCGUGUCAUGCUGCUGGUACAAGCUGGCAAGGCUGUCGACGACUGGAUCGAGACCCUACUACCUCUCCUAGAAAAGGGAGACAUCAUCAUCGAUGGUGGUAACUCUCACUUCCCCGACUCGAACCGACGAACUAAGUACCUGUCGGGUAAGGGUAUCCGAUUUGUCGGCUCCGGUGUAUCCGGUGGUGAGGAGGGUGCUCGUUUCGGACCUUCUCUAAUGCCUGGUGGUAACGAGGAGGCAUGGCCUUACGUCAAGGACAUUUUCCAGAGCAUUUCUGCCAAGAGCGACGACGAGCCUUGCUGCGAGUGGGUCGGUGACGAAGGUGCCGGCCACUACGUCAAGAUGGUGCACAACGGUAUUGAAUACGGUGACAUGCAACUCAUCUGCGAGGCCUACGAUAUCAUGAAGCGUGGUCUUGGCUUGUCCAACAAGGAGAUUGGAGAUGUUUUCACUAAGUGGAACAAGGGCGUUUUAGACUCGUUCCUGAUUGAGAUCACCCGUGACAUUAUGUAUUUCAACGAUGAUGAUGGAACGCCGCUUGUCGAGAAGAUCCUAGACCAGGCUGGUCAGAAGGGUACCGGCAAGUGGACUGCCAUCAACGCCUUGGACCUUGGAAUGCCCGUCACCUUAAUUGCCGAGGCUGUGUUGGCCCGAUGCCUGUCUUCUAUAAAGGCCGAGCGUGUUAAGGCUUCCAAGAAGCUCGAAUACGUCGGCCGUACGAGUAGCUUCGAGGGCAGCAAGGAGCAAUUCCUUGAUGACCUUGAGCAGGCUCUGUAUGCCUCCAAGAUCAUUUCAUAUGCCCAAGGUUUCAUGCUGAUGCAAGAGGCCGCGAAAGAGUUCAAGUGGAAGCUCAACAAGCCCUCAAUUGCCUUGAUGUGGAGGGGUGGUUGCAUUAUCCGCUCUGUCUUCCUUAAGGACAUUACUGCCGCUUACCGAAACAACCCCGACCUUGAGAACUUACUGUUCGAUGACUUCUUCAACAAGGCUAUUCACAAGGCGCAACCCGGCUGGAGAGAUGUCGUUGCUAAGGCAGCCGUUCUUGGAAUCCCGACACCUGCAUUCUCCACUGCUCUGUCAUGGUUCGAUGGAUACCGCACCCAGGAUCUACCUGCCAAUCUACUCCAGGCUCAGCGUGAUUACUUCGGUGCCCACACUUUCCUGAUCAAGCCCGAGUACGCCAACGAGAAGUACCCCGAGGGCAAGUACCACCACGUCAACUGGACUGGUCGCGGAGGAAACGUCUCUGCUUCCACCUACCAGGCAUAAACAAAGUGUUUUUACAUACAGGAUAUGAACUAGUUCAUUUACCGUUGGUAAGAUUAGUAUGAGGGUUGGUCCCAUUCUCAAUAGAGGGAAAAGGAAUCUAGCAUGCUAUGACAUGAAAUAGCCACCAGGAUUAGAAGAAAAAAAUAUAAACAAGUGAAAUAAUUACAAACUGCUUAUGUGAAUGAACUUGAGUCUUGUUAGAACCUUGGAGAGAAUCAUGAGAUGGCUUAAACUUUCUUAUGGGAGGAUGAUCAUGGAUUAUAAACGAUAGAAA